AACUUAAUUCGGCUACUGACUUUUUUACAAAAAGCUCUAAUAUACUAUUCAAAUUCUUCAACGCUUUGAAUGAAACCUAAUGGCUUGCCUACAAGCUAUUCAAUAAUCAGAGUUUGAAAAAGAUGCACAAAAUUUUAUUCUGAUUUCUAUUUUUUUAUAAACUACUUUUAUUUUUAUUAGUUUUUUUAACAAGUGCUCCAAAAUACUAGCGAAAGCUAUUCAAUCAAUAGAUUUCUUGGGGUUGGGGCUUACCGGCGAAUAAUGGCAAAUGUGGCGAUCAUUGAACUUGACAGAAACUGUGCUAAGGUAGUGGAAGAUAUAGUAAAAUUGGAGAGAAAAAUCUUUCCCAAACACGAAUCACUCGCUUCAUUCUUUGAAAAUGAGCUGAAAAAGAAGAACAGUGGAUUGCUUUAUCUUCACGUCGACGGCGAACUUGCAGGCUAUGUCAUGUAUUCUUUGCCUUCUUCCUUGUACGCUUCAAUCACCAAGCUCGCAGUGAAGGAGCAAUGGAGGAGGCAAGGACACGGAGAGGCUCUAUUGAAAGCUGCAAUUGAGAAAUGCAGAAGAAGAAAAGUUUCGCGUAUAAUGCUUCACGUUGAUCCGUUGAGGACCCCUGCACUGAAUCUGUACAAGAAGCAUGGUUUUCAAGUUGAUUGUUUGGUUGAAGGGUACUACUCUUCUGAUAGAAAUGCUUAUAGAAUGUACUUGGACUUCGAUUCUAGUUAAAGAUAAAUUGAACAAGCAUUUUUAUACAUGUUUUCAACUUUUCAUGGUCUGGUCGAAGAACAAAUUUAUAAGAAAGACUUGUGUAACACCCGCAAUUUA